AUGACCAGCGAAGACUUGCCAGAGGUGCCGGCUGUACCACCCCAGAACGACACCCCCAAGGCCUACAAUCGAGACUGGCGGUUCUGGGCCAUCAUCGCGACGCUGUGCGUCAUCAGCAUCCUUGCUUCGCUUGAAAACACGGUCGUGACUACUUCCCUCCCUUACAUUGUCACCCAGUUGGACUUGGGCGAGAAUUACGUCUGGGUGACAAACGUAUUCUUCCUCACGAGUGCAGCAGUGCAGCCUCUGUUCGGCCAACUAGCGAAUAUCUUCGGCCGACGAUGGGUGACCAUGACCAUCGUGGCGCUUUUCACACUCGGCAGUGGCAUUUGCGGAGGCGCCACGAACGGGGCGAUGCUCAUCGCCGGUAGAGCCAUCCAGGGCAUGGGCAGCGGAGGGAUUAACAUGAUAGUGGACGUGAUCAUCUCUGACCUUGUGCCGCUUAGAGACCGUGGCAAUUACAUGGCCUGCGUGCUGACGGUCUACUUCGUGGGGACUGCGCUGGGCCCCUGGGUAGGGGGCAUCAUUGUUGAUUCCAUUAGCUGGCGGUGGGUCUUCUACAUCAACUUGCCGGUCGGCGGUAUGAGCAUGGUGAUGAUAUUUCUCUUCCUUCAAGUUCGUUACAACAAGGAGAUGUCUUUGUCCAAGAAGCUACAGCGAAUCGAUUACAUUGGAAACUUCCUCAUUGUCGCAUCUACGGUCGCCAUUCUUUACGCACUCACGUAUGGUGGAGCCCUCACACCGUGGUCAUCAUGGAGGAUCAUCCUACCUCUCGUCCUCGGCCUUUUCGGUUUGAUAUUGUUCAUGGUCUUCGAGACAGCCAACUUCGUCAAGGAGCCCGUGGUACCACCACGGCUCUUUGGCAACCGCACGUCAGCAACGGUCUUUUUCAUAACAUUACUCAACGCAAUCCUCCUCUACUGGGUCCUAUUCUUCCUACCAGUUUACUUCCAAGCCGUCCUCGGCAGCUCUCCCGCUCGAGCCGGCGUACAGCUACUGCCCAUAAUCGUCAUUGCCGUCCCCGCUGCCAUUAUGGCCGUACUCCUACUCGCCAAGUUCGGCAAGUACAAGCCUUUGCACUUGUUCGGCUUCGCCGUCUCCACACUCGGAAUGGGCCUCUUCACGCUCCUCGACGAGCACAGCAGCGCGGCGGAGUGGAUCAUCUUCCAGAUCAUCGCCGGAGGCGGUGGCGGCUUCGUGCUUAACACCUUACUACCCGCGUGCCAGGCUCCGCUACCGGAAAGCGACCAGGCGGCCAUCACGGCAGCUUGGUCGUUCAUCCGUAGCUUCGGUUCCAUCUGGGGCGUCGCCAUUCCCGCUGCCGUGUUCAACAAUCGUUUCUCGCAGUUGGUCGUCAACAUUAGUGAUCCUCAGGCUCGCAGCAUUUUCGGUGCAGGCGAUGCGUAUCAGUUUGCCUCGUCGAGCUUCCUGCAAUCGUUUGCCCCUGACGUGAGGGAGCAGGUUGUACGUGUGUAUAGCGAGAGCCUGAAGCGGGUGUGGCAGAUCUCGAUUGUCUUCGCUGGGGUGGCUUUCCUCCUUGUCUUCCUGGAAAAGCAGAUCAAGCUGCGAACCGAGCUGGAGACAGAGUUUGGCUUGGAGGAGAAGAAAGCCGAGCAAAUGGAAGAUGCGGAGGGGAGUGUAGGUAAAGAUCACCAGUCUUGCAAGACAGUGAUUGAAUCCGACGUUCAAAACUCGGCUUGA